AGUUCUUGUACUUGUUCAUCGCUUCAUAUUGUCAUGGAGAUCACCAGAAUCUCAAACAAUAGUGGAUGCGAAAAACAAGGGCUCCUUCUACAGGAUUCUCUUGGGCGAUUCUGAGUCUUCUAGCGUUAUUAGGUUCGGUCCAGAAACUGGUUGAACUCUCAACGCACCCCACUUGCCAUGGAUCUAUCUUGUGACCUCUCUUGUUGGUCCGUCCGCUGCGUUCACGUUCGACUUCGAAAGUAAGGGCUGUAGUGUUACCUUGACGUUGCGUCAGUUGAAUUCACGGGGCUUACACGAAACCUGUGACUGGCUAGUUCACACUAACCUAUUAUCUUGAAGCGUCUGUGCUUUCUACAGAUGCUUGAUAGGGACUGCUUCGUGCCCUGUGCUAGCAGGAUAUCUUGUGGCAGUUUCGAGACCCACUUACCUCCGCUUUCAACGCAGGUGAAAUUCCCAUGGCUCAAAGUAUUCAAGUCUCUCUUUUCGCUAUGACCGGUCGAUUUUUCACUCGCCUUGUAUCUCUUUGUGGCCGCUUGCCCCUCCAUGAGAACCGAAUAUCAUAAUUAUUUCUCUCUGAAUACCCGUCUCGCCGUCAGACGUCGAAAGCCAAGCAGGAAAACUAUCCGUAGCACAAAGGCUCGCUGCAUGCGAACUGUCGGACUAUGGACCAUGUCUUUCAGACGAUCUCAAGGUAGACUUUGUAACCUCAACGUCGCGCGGUCCCGAUUUCUUUAGAGAGAAACCUACCAUGCGAAAGUCUCGAGGCCAUUUGAAUACUCUCCGAAGGCAGAUCAGUGCAUAAUGGACUUUUCCACCGUCGAAACUCAUCUUCAAACCUUCCACGGUUCGACAGGUACCACAAGUUGCAGGUACGGAUGCCAUGGAGAUGGAUGACCCGAGAAACGAAUACCAGGAGUUCCUCUCCGCAAUCGAAGACAAUGCCAGUGGUGGUUCCUUUACCAAUGCUCUAAUUCACCUACAAUAUAAGUACCGGGUUGAGAUAUUGCUGGACUUCUCAUUAGUGUCGCCCACGCGCGUGUACACGAGCACAUCUGCAGACGCUAUGAGCCGCAAGAUCCUCAUCACAGGGGCGACUGGGAAGCAAGGCCGCGCUCUCAUAUCAUCUCUCCACGAUUCAGAUUUCCAACUUCUUGCGCUAACGCGCAACCCAUCUAGUCCCUCAGCCGAUUCUCUGAAGGCUCAUCCGCAUGUGGAGUUGAUCCAAGGAGACUUGGAUAAACCAGAAACAAUCAGGAAGGUAUUUGAAGAUGCCGGCGGAAAGGCAAGUAUCUGGGGUGUGUUUGCUGUACUGGCCUUUCCUGGAAUGAGAGUAAAUCCGAGCGGGGAGGAGAGACAAGGAAUUCUGUUGGCAGAACUAGCUCUUGAAUACCAAGUCGGACACUUUGUGUACUCCUCAGUUGAUCGGAGCGCCAACUCGGAUGAUGAAGGGCUCAUUCUCGAUCGUGGGGUCAAAGUGAAUAUCGAAAAACAUGUGAAGUCCUUGGGCGAGAAAGGUCUCAAUUGGACAAUCCUGAGGCCAGCAGCGUGCUUCAUGGAGAACUUCGACGGCUUUGCUGGGAGGAUUACCUACACUCUACUUCGAUGUGUACUAAAACCGGAUGUGAAAGUUCAGUUGAUGGCAACAAAUGACAUUGGCUGUCUAGCAGCAGAGGUGUUUAAAAAUCCUCAAGCAGCCACGCAUAAAGUCCUCGUCGUGACAAGCGACAUCCUGACUCCAUCUGAAAUGGAUGCGGCACACAUUCGUGCAACAGGCCAGCAUAUGCCGUGCAUACCGGACUUUCUAGGUCGAUUAUUGUUGGCCAUUGGCAGUUCAUUGAAGGAACCGAUGCAAGACAUGGAGCGUAUGCACCAAAGGCGCCUCGAAGACCCUAAUGGUUACGAUGCCCAUCUCGCGGAAGCAAAAGCACUCUUGCCAGAUAUGACUUCGUUCGAAGAAUGGAUGAAGCAGCGAACGAAUGCGAAUUCAAGUUCUUCUCUGAGUAUGUGGAUUUGGAAACUACUGACGGGGAGGCCUCCAUCGGAAAGCGAAAUGGUACGUUGAAAUGGGUAAGGCCUUGAAUGCAGCACUGGUAAGAAAUUCUAAGAAUACGGAUUACGCUAGGUAUCCUUUUGUGACCCUUUUUUACCACUUUCUGUCGCGUUUUUAGUACACUCGGAUUUGUAUUCGAUUUGUAUGGCUGAACGAUGUAUGAUAUUUAAUUUGGAUAUUCAGUAUGUAGUCAGGCCCAAUUAGUGCUC